CAAACAUUAUGGGGCUUGGGGGACAAGAACGUACUAACCCUCAAAGGUGAUACGUUUCUCGGGGUUUGCUGCGUUGGCCAUGGUUGACGGUGAUAUUGAUCAGGCUUUAGAGAGGAGCCAGAAACGAAAAGGGGUCAGAACAAGUCCCAAGAGAUGGGCAUGAAGGCCUUAUCACUCGUUGUAGUCUGUCUCCCUUGCAGUUCGCAGCACCUCGUCCAAGCUCGUCUCACUCCAAGGCUACACAGUCUUCCAAGGCUUCGGAGGACCGCAUGUAAUGCCCCCAUUCCGGAGUCCGAGACGUGCAUGGUGGGGAUGUGCGGCCAUGUCCCGCAGCCCACCGUUCCCGGUACCUGUAUCUGGUUCGCUUUGGGAAACGCAAGGGGUGUUGGUAUGGGGGCUUCCGAUGCACAUGUAGCCUCUCGGCUCUUUAGACGUCCCAUGCUUUCCCGCAGUCCAGGAUGGCUGGGUUUCCUCAGCCAAAAGAAUAAUGUUUUCUUCCAACAAAGAAUAUUACUCAAACAAGACCGUGCUACCCCAUUAUGGGUGAGACACGCUGGAUGUAAUGUGUAGUUUCAACAGCAGGACCGUCGGCGCCAGAAUUUUGGUCUGCGUACAAGUAUACCAGGCCUUGGUCCAAACAGCCAACAGGGCGCAAGACGCUUCUGUUGACUGCAUACUGACGCUGCACGACUUCGUGCCAUCAA